CAUGAUAACCCAAGAACUUACUUGAGAUCUCAACCUUUAUCUUUUUGUUUUUGGUAUUGUCAUAAUGGAUAAGAAGGAUCUGGAGAGAGAAUUUCACAUGACAGGAGGAGAUGGCAAAACAAGUUAUGCCAAGAACUCUUCAUUGCAGAAGAAAGCAUCUGACAUGGCAAAGCACAUAACGCUAGAGACACUGCAACAACUCUACAAAGAGACAAGAGCCAAGAGUUUAGGAAUAGCUGAUCUGGGAUGUUCUUCAGGACCAAACACUCUCUCCACCAUUAAGGAAAUGAUCGCAGCUGUCCAAGUUUCUCACCACCGCGAGAUCCCAAACCAGCCCUCGCCGGAAUUGAGCUUCUUCCUUAACGAUCUCCCCGGAAAUGACUUCAACUCUAUAUUCAAGUCUUUGCCUGACUUUCAUGUAGAGCUCAAGAGAGAUGUCAGCAGUGGAGAUUUCCCUUCAGUUUUCAUUGCAGCCUACCCUGGUUCAUUCUAUGGAAGGCUCUUCCCUGAAAAUACCAUCCACUUUAUCUAUUCCUCUUACAGCUUACACUGGCUUUCCAAGGUUCCUCCAUCUUUAUAUGACGAGCAAGGCAAGUCCAUAAACAAAGGUUGUGUUAGUAUCUGCUCGAUGAGCUCUGAAGCUGUUACCAAAGCUUACUACAGUCAGUUCAAGGAAGAUUUCUCUAUUUUCCUCCGGUGUAGAUCAAAAGAGUUGGUUGCUGCAGGAAGAAUGGUGCUCAUAAUACUCGGAAGAGAAGGUCCCAGUCAUGCAGAUAGAGGGAACUCUUUCUUUUGGGAACUUCUCUCAAGAACCAUUAUGGAUCUUGUUGUACAGGGGGAAACUGAGGAAGAGAAGCUUGAUUCUUACGAUAUGCACUUUUACGCCCCGAGUGCUGCUGAGGUAGAAGAUGAAGUGAACAAAGAAGGGUCUUUCGAAUUAGAGAGCAUAGAGGUGUUAGAAGUGGACAGUGAGAAAGGUGAAGAAGAGGAUGGUACCAGUUAUGGUAAUGCGGUUGCCAAGACUGUAAGAGCAGUUCAAGAAUCAAUGCUUACUCAACACUUUGGGGAAAGGAUUCUGGACAAGCUGUUUGAUACAUAUGCCAGAAUGGUUGACGAGGAGUUGGCCAAGGAAGACAUAAGACCCAUCACAUUUGUUGUUGUCCUAAGACGAAGGAAGCUCUGAAACAUGUAUGCAUGUAGCAAAACAUUUAAAAUUUACCAGAAUAACAAGAAAAGAGAAGCAAAGCCACGCACUCAUUGUUCAUUACACUUGAUAUAUGUAGCAUUGGCUCCA